GCUAUCUACCCUAAAGCUGUAUUUAGUAGAAGCAGAUACAAACUGAAAAGUCUCUCUUUUAGAGGGACAAGCUUAUUCCUAAUUCAGCAGGGUCAGAGUUCAGUAAAUGCCGGUGUUGUCGUCAUGGUCUGAAGAUGGCUGAAGGGGAAGGCUGCGAAGGCUGGUGGGGAGGCUGGCUUCACCAAAGCUUCCAGGCUGUCAAAGAUAAGUCAUCUGAGGCGUAUGAGUUUAUAAAGCGUGACCUGACAGAGUUCUCCAACGUAGUGCAACAUGAUACUGCGUGCUCCAUCGUCGCCACAGCAAGUGCUGUUAGAAGCAAACUAGCGGUGGAGGGCUCCUCUGACACCACAGAGAAGGUGAAGAAGAGUCUGUCCAGUUUCUUAGGCGUGAUAACAGACACCCUCGCUCCUCCCCAGGACAUGACCAUCGACUGUGAUGUCAUUACGCUAGUGGCAACUCCUGCAGGCACCACAGAGGUGUAUGACAGCACCAAGGCUCGUCUCUACAGUCUACAAGCUGACCCUGCUACAUACUGCAAUGAGCCUGACGGUCCCCUAGAGAAGUUUGAUGCGUGGCUCUCCUGCUUCAGUCUGGAGGAGAGGAAAGGAGAGAUCUCUGACCUCCUGGUCAACAGCCCCUCCAUCAGGGCCCUUUACACCAAAAUGGUGCCAGCAGCUGUAGCCCAUUCUGAAUUCUGGCAGCGGUAUUUCUACAAAGUCUUUCAGUUAUACCAGGAGGAGGCAAGAAGAGUGGCCCUGAAACAGAGAGCAGAGCAGACUACCCACACAGAGGCUCUGGGCUGGGAGGAGGAGGAUGAAGAUGACUUCCUUGGUGCAACGUCUUCAUCUCGCCUAAACUUCACACCCCCAUUGGAAGACCCCGCGACCCAGCUGUCCCCACUCACACCAGUCACCAUGGCGACGACCCCGCUCAGCCCCAUCCCGUCGCCGAGCGGGGAGCAUUCCUCUACCCUCUCCCUGAGCAGCGACAGUGGCAGCCUGACUACCCAGGUGGAGUUGAGACCAGCCAGGCCACAUCCUGCAGUCGUGGAGCUGGCCCAGAAACUCAACAAGGCCAGCCUGGAGGAGAGCGAGCCAGAAGGGCAGCAGGAGGUGGAGAGGGAACAGGAGCAGCCUGAGGUUCAGGUAGAGACCCCAGCCCAGCCUGAGCCCACAGGGAAAGCUACAGCUGAGAGAGUAACAUUCCAGGCUCCUACCACCAGACCAGAGACAGAGGGGCCCCAGGACCUGAGGGUGUUUGAGCUCAACUCUGACAGCGGGAAGUCUACACCUUCAAACAAUGGCAAGAAAGGGUCCAGCACAGAUGUCAGUGAGGACUGGGAGAAGGACUUUGACCUGGACAUGACAGAAGAGGAGGUGCAGAUGGCGCUCUCUAGAGUUGCCGCUGCAGGAGAGCUGGAGGAUUGGGAGAACUGGGACUGACGAUUGCCGUGCCAUAGUGUUUCUAUCCCGCCAUUAAAGCAAGUUCUUGGCCGACGAAUCAUCUGCGCCAUCUGAACCAUGCUUAACAUGUUUUAACUCUGUCAACGCCGCCACCAUGUCACAUUUGUUCGUAGAGGAAUGUCUGAUGGGUUUGGACCAUGUUGCUGAAAGCUCUAGCAGAGCGAUGGAAAUCCAAGGCAAUAAGAUUUGUGAAGGCACCAUCAGCUUUCAGUUUGUGCGUGUAAGUCUCAAGGCUGAUGACUCAGUCUUGUUGGUUAUUUCUUGGAACAACUUAUGACUUAGAGAAUGACACUAGUUUAGUUGGUGUUCCAUUUGACUAAAGCUAUGUAACAUCUAUGAGGAUAGGUUCCCCACAUAAGGGGAGUUGCUGCUCUCUCUGUUCUGAAAUGCCACUAAGUACAUAGUUGCUAGUAGUUAUUCCUAGUUAUAAGUGGGGGGGGUUAUUAUUUUACUUCAGGCUGCCAAAUAGCCAUAAACUGUAACGCUGCUUAUCACGUUACAUAAGAUGGAGUUCUUCACAUGUGAUUUAUUGAUUGGUGAAUAUGAUUUAAACGUGUUUUUUUCCCCCCUCAAGUGAUUUAUUAACUUGUUUAUCUCUUGCAAGUGAAUAUUCAAAAUAUACUUUGGCCUUCAUAGAGAGCAUUAAUUUUGGAUUCACUCACAACUCUAGAUACAUGGCCUUGUCAGACACACUAUAGUGCGGAAAAGAUAUCCAAAUGUUUUGUCACACAAGACACUGAUCUGAGUCUAAACCCAACUAAUCCAUGUUCUACGUUUUUGACUUUGUUUUGGUCUUUGUCCUGCUUAGUAAUUGAUGUGAACAUAUCUCUUCUGUGACCUCCAGAGGCCAUGUCUCCUUUUUAUUUCUUGUCUCUGCUACACUAAUGUUCACAUCUAUUAUGCUAUCAGGCCUGUUUGUCUAUUAUUCUGGGUAGGGAGGGGCUCAUGUGUUGUCAAUCAUCAAGAGAAGAUCAUUAUGAUGCAAUAAAGAGGUGCCAUGGUGCUCGAGUUUUGGGCUUGGAUGUCUGAGGGGGAUAUGGUCUGUUAUGUUAUUUUGGAUGUAAAAUAAUUAAUGAGUAACAACACAGACUGCUGAUCCCACAACCUGCUGUGCUUAGUAUGGUAUUGACAGACUGCACAACAGCUCUGGAGUUACCAGUGUGCGGGGAGUCGAGGCAGUGAGGGCUUUGUCUGCUUGAUUUAUGUAAUGAUACAGUAUAGGCUAGCUUCAUUCUGCAGUAUGGCUUCAUGCUAUUCUGAUGUUUUAUUGUAUUAACUGUUGUCUUCGUCAGUGUAAACCGUGACCAACACAAAGCAUAAAGAUGUAGUCUACAGAUCUUUACAAUGACUGCUUUUUAUUUGAGUAUAAUUACUCUGUGCUUUGUUUUGCAUGGCAGUGCAAUCACAUGCAUACAGUUCUACAGCAGAUGUACCGUUUUAAGUUGUACGUUUCUGGUUACUAGUAGCUUGUUGGAGGAAUUACUUAAUAAUGACUUGAUAUGUUGCAUGUCUCAUGUAUUUCACUUGACAUAUAUUUGCACUUUAAACACCAGUACGUUUAAAGCUGUUUUUUUAGGCAAGUAUUUUUCUCUAUUUUUCAAAUGAGCAUUGUCAUUAAAAAGAGCAUAAUGCA